UGCAUUUUAUAACCACUCGGCGGCUGCAUAUGAAGCUGGAAUAAGAAAAAUGUCCUACGACGUUUUUCGUUGACUCAACGACUGAAAGUGUAUUUUAUAAGUAGAUAUAGCAGAAAAUGUCUAAAAAUGAAUCAAGUAGUGAUUGGCGACACGUCUAACAACAAUGAAAAUACUUUACUCUCCAGUGAUGACCCACCGCAUGAAGGCGAGGAUUUCGUGGAAGGCAAAAAUACUCUCGGCGAAGAUGAAACUGACAAUACUUCUAACACCGGUGUUUUUACAAACAAAUUCCAAUCUCGACGUGAAGUUACAAAAGGAUUAUACGACGUUGCCUUACUGAUGGCAAAUGUAUCUCAGCUAAAAUCAGUCUUGGAUUCAGAUGAUAGUACAUACUAUAUGGCCCUAGUUUGUCUGCUUAGUUUAUCGAUAGCAUUACACCUGGCAAGCGCUAUUUUGCUCUAUAUUUUGCUCAUUAUAGAGAAAAAUGCAAAGAACAAACAACAGCAUGACGCUGUGAAGAUAAACAGCAAAGAAGGAUAUCAAACAAAACAAUCAUCUCUGAAACAAACUCCAGCUAAUGAAAGUGAAAAAACUGCAGUAUGCACAAACUGUUUUGCAGUAACACCGUACUGUCGAUGUUGGAAAAUUUACAAAAUUGACAUUAUAGCAACAUUUUGUGUAUUUGGUGUGACAGUUCUCAAUAUUUUUAUUACAGCGUUUGGAAGCAGUAUCAAAUCAUAAUUCACAAUCGAUCAUAAGUAAAGAAGUUAAUUGGAAGCCGAAGACAACUUCAGCCCAACAUAGUUGUUUAAUAUGGAAUGGACAGCUGUUUAUUUUCUCAAUCUAUCUCUUGUAUCCAUUCAUCCUUGUAUCACCGCGUCUGGUUUUGGGUCUAUCCUCUCCGUGGUUCAUCUUUUUACUAGAAAAGGGUCGAUACCGCUACAAGUGGAAUGUUAGAUCCCAGGGAAACCACCAGCUCUGUAGUCAGCUAAUAGGUACUGAAAUUAUUUAUAACAUACUUUUCUAAAACAUCCCGUUGAAAAAAUUCAAAAAUUAUUAAGAAACUAUGGUUCAAAACUCCCCCAGUCAAAGUUGACUUACGAUUAAUUUGAUUUUUCUUUUUUGGUCCUUUUUGGACAUGAAGUUUCUUAUGUUUUACGUAUUUAUACGACUCUGGCUUUCAUUAUUUUUCGAUUUGAGCGUUUCUGUUGAAGGUAAAUCCUGAAAAACGCAUCGGACGCACUCAUUGCAUACAAUGUUAUUUCAUUUUCUGCUGUAAUCCUCGCUUGCUUUCUCUAAUUGUUUUCCCCUUGCUAUCCUUUUUAAAACUCCGGAUUGCAAAAUCUUAUGUUGAUGGUGGUGGGUGUUGUCUGUUUUCAUUAUGGGUUUGCUAGUGCUGCAUUGCAAUUUGUAUCAAUGUAUUACAUAGUUGCAUCUCUUUUUCAUGCAUUUUUCAUGCUAAUCUGUUUUAUGGUUGUUAUGGUUCGUAUUGUUCUUGUGGUUUUUUUUCUUAAUUGGUAAGUCCUUUUACAUUACUAAUUACGGAGUCACUAAGGAAUUUCAUUUAUGAUUUAUUCAAUAUCUGUUUUCAUAAGCUGGGAUAUUCCAACUUCGACGACACUGAAUAGUCUUAUAGCAUAUUUCAUAGCUUCAAAAUAAUGAAUAUAACCAUUAAGAAAGUGACAAUAAAAUCGUUCGCUUGCUGUUUUCUAAGUUUUCUAAAACUUAUGCGCAAUGCCCCCAACUUCUUAAAACUGUACGAAAUAGAUGUUUUUAGAGGUUAAAAAUAAGGUCGAAGAGAAACUGACAACGCUGUGACAAAAAACGAGAAACAAAGAAAAGAUAAACAAAGUCUACAAAACACAACUUAGAAAACUAAAGCCUGAGCUACACGAAUCCCAUAUAAUGUUGAUCUUAGGUCAUGCGGAAGUAUAACUGUACAAUAGAUAUGUCCCGAAUAUUAAUAACGAAAUAAUCGAGUCUUAUUUUUUGCUGUGUAGAUAUAACCAAUUGGAAUAUUUUGUCUAUUAAUAAUGUUUUUAAAAUAAUAGUAAUGUAGAGGAAACUGUUCAUAAUUUUAAAAUAAUACAAUUCAAUAAAAAAUCAGUUAUU